GAUAAUUUCUAGUGGUCGCUUGGGACCGCGUUUCCAUCAUUUCUUCCACUCAAACGACGCCGUUCUACUAGUCUCCUCCGCCACCUUCCUCCCUUCCUUCCUCUCUCUCUCUCUCUCUCAGCCAGAGAAGGAGGAGGCGGUGGCAGAGGAAGAACUUCUUUCUUGCUUAGCAAACCCGCAGCUGAAAUUUCCACGAUUUUGCAAAGUUAAUUCGCAGAAUAGCUGCUGAAUUUCGGCGCCGAAGUAAGAGUUGAGUUUUCUCUUUACCGAUUGAUGGAUGAUUUUGCUUCCGCUGGCCACAAUGCAUCGAAUACCAAAAAUCUUCACCUCCCAUAGUCCCGAACGCCGCAGGAGUCGCAUGGACUCCGGCUCCGCCCGCUCGGCCUCGGUGGCGGUUGCCAAGCCCAAGAAGCUCGACCGCCGGAACGCCGCGAAGAACAUUGAUUACGACUUCUCUCCUUCGACUUCGGCUUCUUCAUCAUCUUACAGUUACUCGUCGGAGGAAUCUCUGCGCACGCACUCCGCUGAUUUUUACGGAGGCAAGACGAGCUUCCGCGUCGAUGGUACUGAUGGUGAGUUCGACGUUAUUUGCAGAACGUUUGGCUUCUCGGGGAUUGACGAUUUCCAGAUAUCGCCGGAGGAAUUUGAAACGAUGAAGGUCAGGUCAUCCUCUGCUCCUGUUGUAUUUAGCCAGACCUUCGAGCCUAUCAUUUAUCAGGCAACUCAGGUUUCCAACUAUGAUUGCGAUGCCAUUGAUAACAAGUUUCAGGGGAAUUGUGGUGUUAGUUAUAUGGAAAGUAGCAGGGCUAAUGUUGGUCAUGAUAUAUCACAGAGAUUUGUGGAUUCUGUAAGGGUUAGUGACGUAGGUCUUAGUGAUGAUGGUAAUUCAAUUGGCAGAGUGAGUGGAAUCCGUGAAAACAGCAUCAAGGGUGUGCGGCCACCGGUUCUGGCACCACCGUACACACCAGCUACAAUACCUGUUAUGAAUGAAAAAGAGUGCUCCAAUUGGGACACAACACAAAAUCCGAAUCUUGGAAGGGGGUUUUGUUUGGAUGAGGAAGCAGCCAAGGAUGUUGGUAGCAAAAUGAGUGAUCAGGAUCAGGAUACAGCGAGAAUGGCUAGAGGAGAGAACUGUAGGCUAUUGGAGUCGUGUUCUUUUUCCACCACUUCGAAUGAUGAUGAUUCAUCAAGUACGACAACAGAGCCUACGUUGAGCAUUUCACCCAAUGGGAGGUUUAGGCGCAUUAUUAAGGACUGGCAGAAGGGUGAGCUUUUGGGUCGUGGGUCGUUUGGGUCAGUAUACGAAGGAAUUUCGGAUGAUGGUUUCUUUUUUGCUGUUAAGGAAGUCUGUUUGCUUGAUCAAGGGGAUGAGGGAAAGCAAAGGAUCCUCCAACUUGAACAGGAAAUUGCUCUUCUGAGUCAAUUUCAACAUGAAAACAUUGUCCAAUAUUAUGGCACAAAGAAGGAUGAAUCGCAUCUAUAUAUUUUUCUUGAGCUCAUUACCAAAGGCUCCCUUCUGAGCCUUUACCAGAAAUACAACAUGCGAGUUUCACAAGUGUCUGCUUACACUAGGCAGAUUUUACGUGGUUUGAAAUAUCUACAUGACAAAAAUGUCGUCCACAGAGAUAUCAAAUGUGCAAAUUUAUUGGUGCACACAAAUGGCUUGGUGAAACUUGCAGACUUUGGUCUUGCAAAGGCUGUCAAGUUAAAUGAUGUCAAGUCUUGCAAAGGGACUGCAUUUUGGAUGGCUCCUGAGGUUGUUCGAAGCCAGUGGUAUGGCCUUGCAGCUGAUAUCUGGAGCCUGGGAUGCACAGUACUAGAGAUGUUAACCAGACGGUUUCCUUACUCCAACAUGGAAUGUAUGGCAGCAUUAUAUAGGAUUGGAAAGGGGGAGAGGCCUCCAGUUCCUGAUACACUUUCCAGUGAAGCUCGGGACUUCAUACUUGUGUGUCUACAAGUUGAUCCAAGUUUGCGCCCAACAGCUGCUCAGCUCUUGGACCAUCCCUUUGUAAAGAGACCACUUCCAUCAUCCAGCACAGCAUCACCUCACAAUUUUGGAAGACCAGUAUAAGCAACGAAUUUGAAAUUGGUAAGCCAAGCUGUUCCAGUUUUAAAUUACAGGAGAUCUCGUCUAACUGUUGAUUAUUUAAUUGGUUGUGAAAAACUGGAAUUUACUGGAGCAUAUCCAGCCACUUGGUAGUUUCUAUGAAAUAUUUUAUGCCCUUUUAGUGGUGAUAAAAAAAUCUUCGCUUUUCUUAGUCAGUAUUGAAACUCUUGGGUUAUUUCAUCACCACAGUGCUAAAAACCAAAGGAUGGGUUAGCUAAAGAAGACCUGGGAAAAGAUUGUAGCGGCAUGAAGAGUACUUUCUCUAUAUUAAUUUAUGAGUUUUUUGCCAGUAAUUGACGUUGUUUGAUGGCCUUGUCUCGUCUGUCCUUAGUUGUGUCAUACUCAUCAUGCAUUUUAUGUGUUUUCCCCUUUCAAACCAUGGUGUGCUGUUGUAUAUUCUUUUUUGUUUGUGUUGGAUCCAAAACUUCCCAUUUUGGGUGGUGUUUUUACUUUUUUAGCCUCCGGGGUCAAGAGUUAACUGAAGAUUUUGUUGUUGUUAUGUAAAUUGUAGAUUUGUAGUUGUAGUUGAGACUUGAGGUUGGGUAAGUGUGUGUCGCCCAUCCCAUCCCAUCCCAUCCUAUCCUCAUAUUAUUUCUUUUCUUGUAUAAAAAUGCAAGUAGAGAGAUGCAAAUGAGCAAGGAAUUCCCAGAUUGUAUUGAACUUAUAAUUCAGUAGAUACUUUUUGUAUAGGUCAACUAUCAAGUAAGUAGUAAUUUGUUACUUUUUAGAUAA